CUAAAUUAAUUGUGUUCAUUUCCACCCAGCAGGUACUUCCAAUAACAACCAACCUAUUGGUCUACACACAUUCGUAUGUGCCCUGGGCAACAUUUGACCGUUAUUACGGUACUUUGGGAAGAAGCGUUACCAUGGAAGUUGCGGAAAUACGUUACCGCUGAGAGGCAGCGGUGGAUGCUCAAAGGAGGCGGCGUUGUCCGUCGAGAAAGUGGGAAUAUGAGCAGUUUACGGGUUCUGCCUAUCUCAGUGUGACCCGGUCUCAUCCCUCACACGUUUCUUGAUGAGGAGACGUCAACAUGCAACACCUGAAGAGGCAUUUCAUCUUGGACUGAGAUCACAGAGAUGCCUUUCUCCUCUGAGGACAACAAACAGCAUGUUUAAAGGAGUGGAGUAAAUAACACACAACACUGUAAAGCCUGGUGGUUUGCAGGCUCGGGCCCCUGAAGAUGCUUCAGACUGGCAACUACUCCUUGGUGCUGCUGAUCCAGCUGACACUGUUGACCUAUGACCUCUUCGUCAACUCCUUCAGUGAACUCCUGAGGGGAGAGCCGGUCAUCCAGCUGGUGCUGUUCAUAAUCCAGGAUAUUGCCAUUUUAUUCAACCUGAUCAUCAUCCUGCUGAUGAUGUUCAACACCUACGUGUUCCAGGUCGGCCUGGUGUCUCUGCUGCUGGAGCGAUUCAGAGCUCUGCUGAUGCUCUCCUCCCUUUACCUGACACUCAGCAUCUGCUUCCACUGCUGGGUGUUGAACCUAAGAUGGCUUGACUCAAAGCGUUAUGUUUGGACAGAUGGUCUUCAAGCUCUUUUUGUUUUCCAGAGAACAGCGGCGGUGCUGUAUUACUACUUAUACAAACGCACAGCAGAGUACAUGGGAGACCCGAGGCUGUAUGAGGACUCUCUCUGGCUGCGCGACGCCUUCUCCAGAGCCCGACAGUGAAGAAGAAACAGUUUGGAGAUGCAUUAUGACACCAAGCAUCAUCAAUUCACUGAAACUUUGGACAUUUUUUCUAUUGCUUUUUUAAAAAUUUGACAUUUGGAGAGCCGGACACGAUUAAGCAGAGCAAUUGACUGAGGUUGAACACUGAUGGAAUUCACGAUCAGGUCAAAAGGAUGAAGCGAAGUCUCAGUUUGUUGGGUCUUCGUAUCCAAGUGGGCAGCCAGUUAAAUGGUUUACAGAAGCAGGUGAACCAACCAUGGCAUGUAUCGUAUUAAUCUGGACUGAGAGGGUUAAUCUCUGUGGCCUUUGUAAAUCAAUUUGAGAUGUAGACAGAGCGAGGCACAUUGAGAUAAUGUUACAUUUGUUUGUUCCUGUUCAAGUAUUGCCUACCACCAUGUUUGUUUUUAUCUUAUUAGUCUACAAUAAUUUGUAGAACUCCAUGUGAUCAGUUUUGUUGGAAAAGCCAUUCUGCCCCUGCACAGGAAGACACAGGUUGGUUUUAUUUUGCCUUUUGUAAGAUUAGUACGUGUUGUUUACAUGAUAAAUAAGCCAAUGUUCAUGAUGUGAAUCCUGCCGUCUUUGAGCGGGGAUCUUUGAAUUGUGUUCCCGCUGUUUUUAUUAAAUAAUCCUUCUGUAA